AUGUCUAGUCCAGCCAAGAAACGGAAAAGAAAUGGAGAUUCAUCGCAACCAACGCGCAGUAUUACGUCGUUCUUUAAAGGACAGGCCACUGAACAAUCCAAUCUAAACGUCCCCGAUGUCACUGAGCAAACUCUCUCCGAUGAAGCUCUUGCGCGCAAGCUACAGGCCGAGUGGAAUGAGCAGGAGAAUACCAGCACUCCUAUCGAAGAUACGCAAUUUAAUCUGCAGACCAACCCAGCUCCAUCUACUUUAGACUCGCCUGUCUCACCCCCAGUAGCGCCAGUGAUACCAAAGAAGAGCACUCUCUCACUACAGUCAUCAGCUGGGACGGAGGAUACAAUAUCCCUUGCUAUUCCCCUUGACCAAAGCCCCCAAACCUUCGAUGCUAGUCAAUACGCGGCUGAAUUGCAGUCGCAUUGGGCAACCGAAGGCGGAGAUGCUUCCUACGCUUUAUUAACAAGAGCCUUUAUUCUGGCGAAUGCGACGACUAGUCGAAUAAAGAUUGUUGAUACGCUGGUCAACUUUCUUCGGGUUCUGAUCGAAGGGGACCCAUCGAGUAUCCUGCCUGCUGUGUGGCUAGCAACCAAUUCCAUAUCACCUCCAUACGAAGAACUAGAGCUAGGCCUGGGAGGUUCUUCUAUCUCCAAAGCACUAAAAAAGAUAUACGGCCUCAAUAACCAAGGACUCAAGACCCUAUAUGAUAAGCACGGCGAUGCAGGAGAUGUUGCAUUCGAAGCCAAAAAACGACAAUCGUUUACUCUGGUGAAGCCGAAGCCGUUAAGAAUCAAGGGAGUAUACCAGUCACUGAAGAAAAUCGCCACUAGCAAAGGACCCGGUAGUCAAGAAAUCAAGCAGAGGAUCGUCGAGAAGCUUCUACAGGAUGCGCGCGGCGCCGAAGAGAGUAGAUACAUUGUCCGGACAUUGGUCCAAAAUCUGCGAAUUGGCGCAGUCAAGACGACGAUGCUGAUUGCUCUCGCGCGAGCCGUCUUAUAUUCCAAGCCAGUCGGAGCAGAUUUUGAGGUUCGUCCGCUGCACCAACUUGCACGCUUGAAGAAGGACGAGCUUGCGGAAAUUUACAGCAACGCAGAAGAAAUUGUUAAAGCUUCAUACGCUAGACAUCCUAGUUAUAAUGACUUGGUGCCCUGCUUAUUAGAGAUCGGGCCCACAGAAGAGCUUUUGAUCAGAUGUGGUCUUUCAAUGCACAUUCCACUAAGGCCGAUGCUGGGCAGUAUCACGCGCGAUCUGUCGGAGAUGUUGACGAAGGUCCAAGGCCGAGACUUCAGCUGCGAGUACAAGUAUGACGGGCAACGUGCGCAGGUGCAUUGCGACGAGCAAGGGAAGGUUUCUAUCUUCUCGCGCCAUCUUGAGCUCAUGACAGAGAAAUAUCCGGAUCUUGUCUCCCUAGUUCCGCAAAUACGAGGGGAAGGCGUGUCCAGCUUUAUCCUGGAGGGAGAAGUGGUUGCCGUGGACCGUGAGACUGGAGAUCUUAAGCCAUUCCAGGUCUUAACCAAUCGUGCAAAAAAGAAUGUUGAAAUCGGCGACAUCAAAGUCAAUGUUUGUCUUUUUGCAUUCGACCUCAUGUAUCUCAACGGCGAGCCUUUACUAGAUCGCCCCUUUCGCGAACGCCGCGAACUGCUUCGCAGUCUCUUUGUAGAGAUUCCAAAACACUUCGGCUGGGUGAAGAGCAUAGAUGCGACAUCCGCGGAUUCGGAGUCUGUCCUUGAGUUUUUUAAAUCUGCCAUCGAGGUCAAGUGCGAGGGCAUCAUGGUCAAACUCCUCGACAAUGUGGCCAGUGCAAACACUCAAGUCAACAACAAACUCUCCAACGAAACAACCACAACCAUCGAACAACCAACUAAAGAAAAGCCCACCAGACGCAAGCCCCUCCUCUCAACCUACGAACCAGACAAACGCCUGGAAUCCUGGCUGAAAGUAAAAAAAGACUAUAGCACAUCAUCCGAAACCCUCGACCUAAUCCCGAUAGCCGGGUGGCAUGGGCAAGGCCGAAAAGCGAAAUGGUGGUCCCCGAUCCUACUAGCAGUCCGGAACCCAGAAACAGGAUCUCUGGAAGCCGUGACAAAGUGCAUGUCGGGGUUCACGGACAAGUUCUACCAAGGAAACAAGGAAAAGUACGCGCAGGGCAGCACGAACGUCAUCUCGCGUCCCAGCUACGUCGAGUACUACGGCGAACCAGAUGUGUGGUUUGAGCCAUGUGAGGUGUGGGAAACUGCUUUUGCAGAUAUCACGCUUAGUCCUACGUACCCGGCUGCUAUUGGGCUUGUCAGCGAUGAGCGCGGGUUGAGUCUACGCUUCCCGCGGUUUAUCAAGGUUCGUGAAGAUAAGUCUAUUGAUGAGGCUACUUCGUCAGAUUACUUGGCGUUGCUGUGGCGGAAACAGAUGGAGCGGGCUGGUGAGAUUAAGGGCGUUGGGGAAAUUGGGGAGGUCGAUCUAGAGGGAAUGGAGUAG